AUGCUUCUGCGCGACGUUGAGGCUCCUGGGUACGACUGUAUGGUUGACCAUGUAUUGUGCGUAGUGCCGCACAUCUGUCAUCAGCCAUUGACGUCUGCCACACGUGCAUCGCCAACGUCGCAGACUUAUCAUCUGUAUUCGACAAAUCCUGACUCCACACCAGUGCUCUAUACUGUGCCGCAAAUGCCUGAGCGGUUGGCUAAGUGCGAGAGACCGCGGGAAAUCGCUAUAUGUCUUCCCUGCUUCUAG